UCUUCUUGCUGAAACGAAAACUGCAGAAAACAAAGCAAAGCAUGAAAACAUGAAGUCCCUCACAGUCACAGCCAGUGUUUUGAACCCCACAAAUCAAACAGCAGCCAACAAACUCCACUUCUUCCACUCUCACUCUCUCUCAUUCUCACUCUUCUUCCCACACACAUCAUCAAACCUGAAAUGCCACCAUCAAAAGCGAAUCAUCACAGCAUGCUCUUCUUCUUCUUCUUCGAUCGAAAUCGACAUGGUGAAGAACAACCAAGGAAUCUACACCCCUAAGCACCCCAAAGUAGUCGUCCUCUGGGACCUCGACAACAAGCCCCCACGAGGACCCCCAUACGACGCCGCACGCUCCCUCACGCGCCUCGCAACUCACCUCGGCCACGUCGUCGACAUCUCCGCCUACGCCAAUCGCCACACAUUCAUCCACCUCCCGCAGUGGGUCCUACAGGAUCGCCGCCAGAGAAAGCACCUCGACAUGCUGGAACGGAAGGGCCUGGUGGUGCCGUCGGAGCCCUACAGGUGUUCCGUCUGCGGGAGAAAGUGUCGCACCAAUCUGGAUCUGAAGAAGCAUUUCAGGCAGUUGCAUGAACGAGAGAGGCAGAAGAAGCUUAAUCGGAUGAGGUCCUUGAAAGGGAAGAAACGGCAGCGUUUUAAAGAGAGGUUUAUUGAGGGGAAUGAAAAGUAUAAUGAGGCUGCUAGGUCUCUCAUUAGGCCCAAGAUUGGUUAUGGGCUAGCUUCAGAGCUGAGGAGGGCUGGGGUAUAUGUGAAGACUGUGGAGGAUAAGCCUCAGGCUGCAGAUUGGGCAUUGAAGAGGCAGAUGCAGCACUCAAUGACCAGGGGGAUUGAUUGGCUGGUUUUGGUCUCAGAUGAUUCGGAUUUCGCAGAGAUGUUGAGGAGAGCAAAAGAGAGGGAAUUGGGGACAGUGGUGGUUGGGGAUUGGGAUAGGGCACUGGGGAGGCAAGCCGAUUUGUGGUUUCCUUGGAUUGAUGUUGAGAAUGGGAAUGUCUCGGAGAAAGAUCUGGUGAUCGAGAAGAACAGGAGUAGGGCUCGAAGUGACGGUUUUGUCGUGGAAGAAGAUGAUGAUGGGUUUUUUUCAUUGUCGAGGUUUGACAGUGGUGCUGGUCAUGGGAGUAGUGAUUUGGAUGAGCUUGUAGAUGAACUUGCAGCAGUGAGGACUGAUUUUACUGCGGCAAUUUCAGAUGAGGAUGAAGACAAUUAUAUGUUGGGGAGUAGUGAGGAUGAGUACAUAGAAGAUUAUGAUGAAGACAGUGAUCAAGAAGAUGAUGGGUUCUAUUGACAUGGCAACUAUGAACCUAUGAUUGAUUCUUUUCUAUGAGCAAUUCUUAUUAUAGCGCCUUGGAGUCUCAAGUGUUGCUGUAUAUAUUCUAGUGGAAAGCUAAAAUGUGGACCAAAAAGGAAAAAAUUGUCACUUUUUUGGACCUUAAGGUACCAAAAAGUGGUGGGAAUGAUCUAUCUUUGGAGGAUUGAAAUGAAGUACCACUAUUUUUUCAAACAGGGAUAUGUUGGUUUCAGAGUCAAUUUUUUUAUUGGAGAAGGAAUGGGAAUAACCAAUUGAAUGGAGGAUAAUGUUAUGUGGCAACUUGGACUCAUGGUUUACAUUGCAUUGCAUCGAUACACGGAUAGCCGACCGAGUAUGGUUCCUCCUGCUAUAAAAAUGAGGUCUUUGUUUUAACAAUGCUGCCUGCAAUUCUUUUUUCUUCAGCAUUCUGCUAUAGGUAGUGCUGGUUCAAGAUUCAAGCUUUUGAACGGUUCUGUCUGUAAAGUUGUGUGGGGGACAAAACUGAAAUGCAUGAUUUUCAACUUAUCCCAGACCACAGUCAAAUCAAAAUUUGAGUUAUAGCCAAGUAUCUUCUUAUCUUACACCAAAAAUAUUAUGAUUAUUCAUGAGGUUCCGGAUUAGUAUUUGGUUUACAAGUUAUUGUGGGGUUCACUUUUGAUGUUUACACUCAGAAUAGGUACAGGUAUCAUUUAUCUUUUUCUAGCUAGGUCAAUGAAUUUGUGUCAAUAAUAUUAAACACGUCUAAUGAAAAAGAAGAUAACAAAUGGCAACACAUAGGACCAAGAGUUUGAGCCUGUGAACAAGCACUUUUCAUUCUUGUGAACAAAUGAGUGCUUGUGAAGGGAUUUUAAAGUUUUUCACCUUCAUUAUGUGGUAUAGUUCAAGGGUUUUGGUAUUUUAGGGUUUCACUAAAUUGGAACACAGGGUAUGAUAUUGGAAUUAAGUCAAAUUAAUCUAGUUUUUAGUAGUAGAUUUUUUUUUUUUUUGUAUUUUUAGCAGAGAUAGCUUUUAUUGACAAACAGGUGGAAAAUUUUUCUUCUUUAAAGAAACAAAAAAGGGUUUUGGUAGUGGCUAAGGAUUGAAAAAUUAGGUAUGAAUAGACUUUCUAUCAUGUGUGUACAUAGAAAUAACGAGGCAUAUUCCAUAAGGAUGAUAUUGCAAAUAUUUCCACAAUCAAACUGAUAUUUUAAUUCUUUUAAGGACUAAUGUGAGGUUGAUUUCAUCAAAUAAUAUGACCAAUCACCACAUUACAUGAAACAUGAUAACAAAGAGAAUACAAGAGAGCUCCCAAAUAAUAAUGAAGAAGAGAGGAAGGGAAAGAAUAUUUGAUCAACAUACAAAUAGUAAUACCUCACUACAAAUUAAAAUAAGCCAAUAAGCUUGGUAAGACUAACAUGUAAAUAAUACAAAAUUAAGGAUAUAAUGAGUAUUAGAGAAAGAUACACUGAACCAAGAGUAAUGGGAUUUGCUAGCUUGUCUUUUAGCCGCUGCAAAGCAUAGGAAGUUGAAACUUUAAAGCUCCGAGUCAUUUGUCCCACUCUUUGAGGCGUCUUUGAUAAAAUAAAAUAAUUUGAUGCUUAUCUUUAUGAAGUAUGAACGAUUCACGAAGCUUUGCAAGCUUUUGUA